GAGUGGAGGUCAGUGGAAGGAUUUGCAGAGAGGGAUGGAGGACACUGAGUGGAGGCCAGUGCAGGGAUUGGCGAGAGGGGUGAAGGACACUGAAUGGAGGCCAGUGGAGGGAUUGGCAGAGAGGGAUUGAGAACACUGAGUGGAGGUCAGAGGAGGGAUUGGCAGAGAGGGAUGGAGAACACUGAAUGGAGGCCAGUGGAGGGAUUGGCAGAGAGGGGUGGAGGACACUGAAUGGAGGCCAGUGGAGGGAUUGGCAGAGAGGGGUGGAGGACACUGAAUGGAGGCCACUGGAGGGAUUGGCAGAGAGAGGGUGGCAGAUACAGAACGGUUAGUAAGGUGGAUGAGUCUGGCAGCAGCAU